UUUACGUUUACAACAAUUGAAUCUUCGUCUUCUGGAUGUAGUCCACAUGGCAGAGCGUUCGGCGACGUGUGCGCGACACCUCAGAGGGACGUGGAUCAAUCACGACGAAGGCGCCCAGCAUUACAAUCGCACUCGACCUCAGUGGCUUCCGUGCGCGGUGAAGCUGCAAGACAUAAGACCCCGCGCCCAGCCCGGGCGUCCGUCACCUCCGCUCAGCGCCCAUUCGCCAACCCAACACCCUUCUCUACAACAAUGGGCAACCUUUGCGGCAAAUCAUCCAAGGACGACAACUUUCAGGGUGCAGGUCGCACUCUGAAUGCGGCACCUGCACCUGCGACCAAGGCCUCCAUUCCCGCCAGCGCGAAGCCGAAGGUCACGGGUCCGGGACGCACCGUAGGCGGCCCUGGGGGCAGCGAUGGCGCAAACGAUCCCAGAGCAGCGGCCGCGGCGGCAGCAGAGGCCCGGGCGAACAAGCCCGUGACAGGAGAUCUGGCGAAGAAGCUCGAGGAGCAGAAGAAGCAGACACGCAACCAGACUCUGCAGCAGGCGGCUGAUGAGAACCGACUCCAGCGCGAAGCUGAUGCCGCGACUGAAACACGCAACUACAACUGAGCAGCCAGUCCGUACAUCGUCGACAAGAGAACGCCAUAUUCCCUUCGUCCUGGUCUGGCUAUCCAAAAUCGCUUCAGGGCACCUCACGUUGGGGAGAGGUCGGAUCUUUCGGCUCGGGCGGCCUUGUUAGUCCUUGGCGAAUGCCAGGCCAAAGACCAACUGCCUUAGUACGAGUUCCACUGCAAAGGUGAUGGCUGUUGUUUCGCGGCAAGUACGGGAGCUUGAUGUUGCAUGUAUCAAUCGUGUUGGAUUUGAACAUAUUGCAGGGUUUUGUGUUUUGCAUACCACCGGAGUCGAGAGCCUUUCCGUCCCAUUCUGAUCUUAUUGGUCAGGUUUAGAUCAUCAAUUCUUCAUUUCUAGGCUUUUUUU